AUGGUGCUCAAGCCGCCGUACUACAUUGACGGCACGGUUAGCGGCGCGUCUGGCUUUACAGCGCUGCGCGCGUUCCGGGCCAUCAAGAUAGCACGCGCGUGGAAGUCGCUGACAAAGUUGCUCGUGUCCAUCAUGGCAGCGAUGGGCGAGAUCCUCAACUUUCUCUUCUUCCUCGUGCUCUUCCUCUACAUCUUCGCGCUCCUCGGCAUGGAAGUGUUUGCGACCAAGUUUCAAUUUGACGCCAACAACUAUCCCAUGCCGUUCAACUCGACGUCGCCGUCGACGCAGCUGCAUCGAUCCAACUUCGACACGAUUUUCUGGGCGUUCUUCACCGUCUUUCAAGUCAUCACGUACGACGAGUACCCAAGCGUGAUUUGGGACGGCUGGAUCAGCGUCGGCGCGAUCGCGCCCUUGUACUUUUCCGCCAUCGUCGUCCUCGGCGUCUGGGUCGUCAUGAACAUGUUCUCGGCGAUCCUUGUCGAGAGCGUCAUGGUCGAGCCGCCAAAGGAGAGCAUGACGACGACGUACAGCUCGGACGACAAUGACCUCCAUGGCAUCGAGAACGACACCACGUCGGACGUCUCGCUUAGAGGACCGCCGGUGCCGACCCGACUGAUGCGGCACGGCCAGGCCACGAUGCUCCGACGCGUGCGUUUGGCGCUGCGCCGGCUCUUCCAGCUCCACGCGGCGAUCGUGCCGACCGAACCGGUGCCGCCGGACGUUGGCGUGCUGCACCUUUUGCACGGGAAGAGUCUCUGCCUCUUUAGCCGGCGUCAUCUUGUGCGCCGGACGUGCAUCAAGGUGGUCGAAAGCCGCGCGUUCACCGUGGGCAUGUCGCUUCUGAUUGGCUUUUCGUGCAUCCUCACGGCCAUCGACUCGCCGCUCCUGGACCCGGAUUCGGACGCCGGCCGCUUCAUCAAUACGUGCAACUAUCUCUUUGCGAUCCUCUUCUCGGCCGAGAUGGCGCUCACCGUGGUCGCGAAAGGCUUGGUGUUUGGCGACGACGCGUACCUCAAGGACGGGUGGCGGCUCCUCGACGCGUUUAUCGUCGUCGUCUCGCUCAUUCCGCUCCUGAUGCAAACGUCGUCUGCGGUCUCGAGCCUCCGCGCACUGCGGUCGCUUCGCGCGCUCCGGCCGCUCCGCGUCAUCAACAAGUUGCCGCAGCUCAAGGUCGUCGUCAACACGCUCUUCCGGUGCCUUCCGGACAUGGGCCGCACGUUUCUCUUCGUUGGCUUUAUGCUCUACAUCUUUGGCAUCAUGGCCACGAUCCUCUUCAAGGGCGCGCUGCAGACGUGUUCGAUCUCGCCCUACAACUACGGGUCGAAUAGUGCACCGCCGCCGUGGUUUCCAGCCAACUACACGGGCUUCUUCACGUCGUCGGACCUUGCGACCUACGACAUUAUGACGUACCCGCGCCUCGUGGACGACAUGCUGCCGGCCUCACAAGCCAUUGCACUGCCCGUGUACGCGGCCUGCAACCUCUCGACGUCCAUCCUUCCGACGUCCAAGCAAGUGUGUCAAUGCUUCAACGCUACAUGGGCCUUGUCAACGCCACAAGGGUUUGAUAACAUUGUCUGGAGCGUCGGUGGCCUCUACGAGCUCACGACGCUCGAGGGCUGGACCGCCGUCGCGCUGGCGUGUAUUGACGCGGUCGGGCCCGAUAUGCAGCCGAUCGUCAACAACCAAGUGUGGGUCAUGGCGUUCUGGUGGGUCUUUAUCAUCGUGUGCUGCUUCUUCGUCACCAACCUCUUCAUCGCGGUCCUCUGCGACGCGUUCAUGCGGGAGAACUACGGCACGCUCAUCACGGAGGAGCAAAUGCAGUGGAUCAAGCUCCAGCGCCAAGUGCUCGCGAUGCGGCCGCACGUCAUCCCGCCGUCGCCACCGGCCUUGUGGCGCCGCGUCUGCUACGACAUUGUGCAAUACCCGUAUUUCGAGCACGUCAUUACGAUCUGCAUUCUACUCAACAUGCUCGCGAUGACGUCGCAAGCGUUUGGCCAAUCUUCGAGCACGCUCUUUGCCUUCUCGCUCCUCAAUUACAUCUUCUCGGCCAUCUUUGGGCUCGAAGCGGUCCUCAAGAUCAUCGCGUUUGGCGCGGCGUACUUUACCGACGGCUGGAACCGGUUCGACUUUACGAUCGUUGUCUUUACCGCGGUCAGUUUGAUCCUGCCGCUGUUCACGAGCGUCGACCUCGGGACCGCGUCGACGGUCGUCCGUGUCUUUCGUGUUGGCCGCGCGCUUCGGCUCAUCAAGAAGGCCAAGAUCAUCCGCAAUCUCUUUGAUACGCUGACGGUGUCGCUGCCGGCCGUCGGCAACGUGACGUCGCUGCUCCUGCUGCUCUACUACAUUUACGCGGCCGUCGGCGUCCAGCUCUUUGCCAAAGUCGGGUUUGAUGGGGAUCUGAUCAACCGGCGGCAGAACUUUCAGUCGUUCUGGAUCACGUUCCAGAUGCUGAUUGGGUUCUCGACGGGUGAAAACUGGGACAAGUUUACGUGGGGGAUUUACAACAUGAACCCGACGACCAACCCGAGCUGCAUGGAUCGGUCGUUCAAUGAGUCCAUGUGUGGCUUCAACGACGUGCCGGGCUGCGUCCCCCUCGACGGCUGCGGCUCGUUUCUCAUCGUGCCGUACAUGUACUCGUUCUUCCUCGUCAUUGGCUACAUCGGGCUCAACGUCUUCUCCGGUAUCGUGAUUGAUGCGCUCGAUGGCGGCGUCGACUCGCCCAUCAACCACAACACGCUGGCCGAGUUUACCGAAAAAUGGGCGAUGCUGGACCCGCACGGGUCGGGGCUCAUCACUACGAACCAGCUCGCGGACUUUCUUAUGGCGACGAGCCCACCCUUUGGCUUUCGGUCGAUUCCCGGCAUGAACCGCCGGCGCGUGCUCCACGCCAUCGGGCAACUGGACAUUCACAUCUACGACGGCCAAUUUGUGCACUUCAAGGACGUGCCCCGGGCACUUGUCCAGCGUAUUCUGAGCGAAGGCGACCGAAAGAAGCUCUCGGACAUCCAGCAGCUCAUGCGCACCAUGGGCAUCAACAAACAGUUCGACGACAUGUGGUUCAGUCGGCGCGGCAAGGCCGAAGUCGCGCGCUUCAAGUCGUUCACCGCCGUCUCGGCCAGGCGCCACGUGGCCAUGCUUGUGAUUGCGCGCUUCAUCUACCGGGUUCGCCGAGCCCGGGCGCUGGAGCGAGCGCGGACCGAGUUGGCCGACGCGCAGCGGUGCCACACCAUGACCGUGCUGCCGCGAGGGUCCUCAAACCGCCCGACCUUGACCAAGUGGGUGCCGCCCAGCUUGUAA